CAUGUGCGUCGCGUCGUGUUCGUGUCCCCUCUCGCCACAAAGGCUGCGUCCGCCGCCGUGCUUCGGUGCUUCCCCACCGGGGUGAGCCGAUGACGCACCACGACCUACUCGAUCCCCAUCCUCUCCGUCGCACGUGGCAGCUCCUCCGCACACGCGUCGCGCUCCGGCGACACGGCAGCGUCGACGGUGAAACCCCGGCCGCCGCCCAACGCAAAUAUUAUAAGCCUCCCGCCGAUCACGCCGCUUGCCCAGCACCAAGCCGCAAGCCGCUACCAGCGAUCAGCUCGGCUCACACUACUACGUCCAACCCAACACAGCGACCAGGCACUCUCUCGAGGAGCCGCGGCGUCUUCGCCGGCCAGCAAGUUCGCCGCAAUGGCGUCGCAGCAGCAGCAGCCCAGGAAGCAGGCCACCGCUAAGGGCCAGGAGGAAGGGGGAGGCCAGGGCCAGGCGAUGAACCUGGAGGAGAUCGGCAAGUACCGCGCCGAGGCGCAGCAGCGGUCGGCGGACGCCAUCCGCGCCGCCGAGGAGCGCUUCAACAAGGCCAAUAGCCAGCAGCCUGCGGCGUCGCAGCAGGGGGAGAGCCAGGGCCACGGCGCCCACGGCACUGACGCGCAGCAGUGGCUGGCGCAGACAGCUGCCGACGCCAGGGAGCGGUGCAACAAGGCCAUGGGGACGAGCCCGGCGGGCGGCGCAGCUCCGCACGACCACGGCAAGGAGGAGCGGGAGGGUCGCGGCCAAGCCCGCGCCCAUCUGACGCGGCAGGAGGAGAUGGGGAGGCCGGACGCGGAGGCCGCGCGCGCCGCAGAGGAGAAACACGACCGGCGGGAGGCGAAGGGCGCCGAGGCCAAGGACGCCGGCGCGCGCAGCGCGCAGGCCGCAGCGGGGAAGGCCCGGGAGGCCACGGGGACGGCGGCCGCGAGGGCCAGGGACGCCACUGCCGGCGCGGCCGGGACGGCCGCGGAGUACGCGAAGCAGGCGGCGGCGAAGGCCAGGGACGUGACGAUGGGCACCGGCGAGACGGCCGCGGAGUACGCGAAGCAGGCGGCGGCGAAGGGCAAGGACGCGACGCUGAGCACCGGCGGGGCGGCGGCCGAGUACGCCAGGGCCGCGGCCGAGAAGGCGAAGGAGGCGGCGGUGGCGACCGCGCGGACGACGGCCGGGUACACGCAGCAGGCGGCGGCGAAGGCCAAGGACGUGACGGUGUCCACGGGCGCGCAGGUGGCGCAGAAGGCGACGGAGGUGACGGCGGGCACCGCGCACAGGGUGGCGGAUUACGCCAAGGAGAAGGCGGAGCAGGGGAAGGAGCGCGCGGCGCGCGCCGCCGACCAGGCGGAGGAGCCGGGCCACGUCGCGGCCGCGGGGGCCGAGGACUCGGCGUCCCAGGCGGCGGACAGGACCUCCCGCGGCAUGACCGGGCAGCACGAGGAUAGGGCCAAGGACACGGCCGGCGACGUGGCGCGCAGGGCAGGCGACACGGUCGCACAGGCCAAGGACAAGGCGAAGGACGUGGUGGGAUCCGCGGCGCGGAAGGCGAGCGACACCGCCGGGCGCGCCAAGGACACGGCGAAGGACGCGGCCAGCAGCGUGGCGCAGAGAUCGAGUGACACCGCCGCCGAGGCCAGGGACAGGACGAGGGAGACCGUCUCACACGCGGAGGAUAAGUCUGCCGAGGUGAAGGACAGGGCGUCGGGGACCGGCAAGGCGGCCGGCGGCGGCGGUGCCACGACGAAGGCGAAGGGCGGCGCUGGCGAGGAGGGCGGCGGCACCACGAUCGUGGGCGACGUGCUGGAGGCGGUGGGCGCGACGGUCGUCGGGCUCGCGCAGCACGCCAAGGGGCUCGUAGCCGGCGAGGAGGAGCUCGUCCCGGUCGAAGGUGAGGAGGGGAAGGCCGCCGGGGGAGCCAAGGAAGAAGAGAAGCGCAAGACUGCUUGAUGGGGGAGGAGUAGCUCUGCUUCCUGGCUUCGCCGGCGAAGUUUGGGUUCAUCGUCGUGUGCUGGUUUCGCGACACGUCGGCUAGGUGUACAGUAGAAUAAUGUUGCCUGUCGACCAGCUCAAGUGUUCUCAAUUGUACUAGCCUGCCAACCAUGCUGCGGCACGGGAUAUAGCUAAUAACCAAAGUUUCUAAUCUUGAGCGUAGCAUUUGGUUGGAGAGCGACGUAAAAUG